GAAGGUUAUAGAGUGGUUGCCACACCACGAGGGCACAUUAAAUCUAUUUUGUUGGUAACCACUUUAUAACCUCCCCAUAUGCUGUAAAGUGUAAAUAGAUUUCUUGUGGCGUUGUUUUUGUGUAGACUGUAGAGUACAAGCUGGAAAAUACACAAUGGAAAGCGUUGAAACUAUGGAAGUAGCUGAGAAAAACUGUUCCAAAAGUUCAAAUGGAAAUUCCGUCAAAUUUGAAAUAAACGUGUUGAAUAAGGCAGAAGGCUCAGCAAUAUUAUCUAUGGGUAAAAACGUUGUUUUAACUGCAUUAUAUGGCCCAUACGAAUUAAAACAUUUAAGAGUACAAGAUGAUCUGGCAUUUCAAGUCAAUUAUAGGACAAAAGCCUGGUCUCAAGGGAAUAACUUCAAGUCAAUAGAAGAUUUGAUUAAAAGCGCUUGCGAGUCGAUAUUUUACCCCAGGCCUUUUUCAAGGCACGAAUCAACCCUGUUAGUCCAAGAGCUUCAAGAUGACAAUUCCAUACUCUGCUGUGCUGUCAAUGCGAGCUGUCUGGCGAUUAUGGCCACUGGGAUGGAGAUGCAGCAUCUCGUCACUGCCGGCUGUUGCUGCAUAGAUGAAAAAGGCGACAUGGUGCUCGAUCCCGAUGGGGAAACGAUAAAAAAGUCAAAGUUCGUAAUGACAGCCGCCUUCGAGUGCAUAAAUUAUAAUAUAGUCAUGAUCAACAGUGAGGGUUCCUGUUCUCCCAAGGAGUUCAACGCUGCGACUGAAAUGUGUAAAUCUGGGGCAAAAGAAAUGGUCAAGUGGUUCAAAGCUGCAAUUAUGAAAUACUCUAAAGUUUUAUAAUGUACAGUGAUGUUAUUGUAAUAAAAAUAUAUAUUUAACAGUUCUUUUUACAUAAAU